UGGGAGCCCCGGCACCGUGUCUUCUUCCAUUGCGAGCCCCCGGCGUGUGUGGGACGGAGGUGGACAUGGAGCCGCAGAGAUCACCCUUAUUGGAAGUGAAGGGGAACGUAGAGCUGAAGAGACCCCUGUUCAAAGCGUCUUCCCGGCUGCCUCUCCCAGGAAGCAGGCUCAAGAGGGGGCCUGACCAGAUGGAGGAUGCCUUGGAGCCUGAGAAGAAACGGACCCGAGGCCUGGGUGCAGCGACCAAAAUUGCUACAUCCCGCAACAGAGCAUCAACCCUCACCACACUGCCACACACACAAGGCCCAACUGCAUCUCAAAAAGUUCCCCGGAAGAUAGGACCCCCAUGUUCCACAGCUAUUGCCACAGGGGUGAAGAACCAGAAACCAGUCCCUGCUGUUCCUGCCCAGAAGUCUGGCACUGCUCCUCCCAUGGUAGGAGGGAAGAAACCCAGCAAACGUCCAGCCUGGGACUUAAAGGGUCAGUUAGGUGACCUAAAUGUAGAGCUGAAACGCUACCGUGAGAGGACUCAAACAUUGGACCAGGAGAACCAGCAGCUGCAGGACCAGCUCAGAGAAGCCCAACAACAGGCCAAGGCCCUGGGGACAGAGUGCAGGACACUGGAAGGAGAGUUGGCCAGGGUAGGGGCCCAGGCUGAGCAAGGCCAACAGGAGCUAGAGAACCUGCGUGCUCAUGUCCUGGACCUGGAAGAGCGGCUGGGCACACAGGAAAGCUUGGUGCAAGAGCUCCAGAAAGAACAGUUGGAAUUGCAGGAAGAGCGGAGGGGGCUGGCCACCCAACUGGAGGAACAGGAGAAGAGGCUGCAGGUAUCAGAAGCAGCUCUGUCGAGCAGCCAAGCAGAGGCGGCAUCUCUGCAACAGGAGGUUGAAGCCCAGGCGGCUUUACUCUCUGAGCGGGGAGAACGUCUUCAUGGGCUAGAGAUGGAGCGUCGGCGUCUGCACAACCAGCUGCAGGAACUCAAGGGCAAUAUCCGCGUAUUCUGCCGGGUCCGCCCUGUCCUUCCUGGGGAGUCCACCCCACCCCCUGGCUUCCUCUUGUUUCCCCCUGGUCCUGGCGGGCCCUCUGAUCCUCCCACCCACCUUAGUCUAUCUCGGUCUGAUGAGCGGCGUGGGACCCUGAGUGGGGCACCAGCCCCCACCACCCGCCAUGACUUUUCUUUUGACCGGGUAUUUCCACCAGGAAGUGGACAGGACGAGGUGUUUGAGGAGAUCGCCAUGCUUGUCCAGUCAGCUCUGGAUGGCUACCCAGUAUGCAUCUUUGCCUAUGGCCAGACAGGCAGUGGCAAGACCUUCACAAUGGAAGGUGGUCCUGGGGGAGACCCCCAGUUGGAGGGGCUGAUCCCUCGGGCCCUGCGGCACCUCUUCUCCAUAGCCCAGGAAAUGGGUGGCCAGGGCUGGACCUACAGCUUUGUGGCAAGUUACGUAGAGAUCUAUAAUGAGACUGUUCGAGACCUGCUAGCCACUGGGACUCGGAAGGGUCAAGGGGGUGAGUGCGAGAUUCGCCGAGCAGGGCCAGGGAGUGAAGAGCUUACUGUCACCAAUGCCCGAUAUGUCCCUGUCUCCUGUGAGAAAGAGGUGGAGGCUCUGCUCCAUCUAGCCCGCCAGAAUCGGGCUGUGGCCCGAACAGCCCAGAACGAGCGGUCAUCACGCAGCCACAGUGUGUUCCAGCUGCAGAUCUCUGGGGAGCAUGCUGCCCGAGGCCUACAGUGCGGGGCCCCCCUCAGCCUUGUGGACCUGGCCGGGAGUGAGCGGCUAGACCCUGGCUUAGCCCUUGGCCCAGGAGAGCGGGAACGCCUUCGGGAAACACAGGCCAUUAACAGCAGCCUUUCCACGCUGGGGCUGGUCAUCAUGGCCCUGAGCAACAAGGAGUCCCAUGUGCCUUACCGGAACAGCAAGCUCACCUACUUGCUGCAGAACUCUCUGGGUGGCAGUGCUAAGAUGCUGAUGUUUGUGAACAUUUCCCCCCUAGAAGAGAACAUCUCCGAGUCCCUCAACUCUCUACGCUUUGCCUCCAAGGUAAACCAGUGUAUUAUUGGUACUGCCCAGGCCAACAGGAAGUGAAGAUGGAUCCAGAUCCUGUGUGUGUGUGUGUCUGGG